GGUGAACGAAGCAAACCCUAGCAGCCGCCUUCAUCUGUUUCUCCCUUUCGUCUGCGCCUCCGUCUCCUCUUCUUCUCCGGCCAGCAGCCGUCGUCCGUCGCCUCGCCCUCUCUUCCUCUUGUCUGGCAGUCCCUUCUCUCUUCUCCAGCCAACUGAAUGCCGUCCCAGACGCCGGCGACCGGAGUUCUUCGAUCUAAGCAAAAUGUUGAGCUCGGAAUCUUUUGAUUGAUUGCUGCAAUUAGUAAACUAUAGAUUCUUGAAGAUUGAAUCUCUUAUGGGCUUGUUGAGUUGCAAAUAUUUGAGAUUCUUCAGCACCCAUUUGAAGUCCGUGACAUUUAGAUGCGUGGCUUUGCUUGUCAUUGCUCUGGUUCUUAGAGCUGUUGCGGCUCCACUGUUAACCGGAUUUGAGUUUGAAUAUGACAAGAUUUUGUUCAUCCAUAGCCGUACUUUGCAUCUCAGUUCAGAGUUAGGAAUUCGAAGAGCCAAGUUCUUGGAGGUUCCUCAAAUCAUAUGGGGUUUAAACAAUCAGAAGAUUGCUUUUGCCAGGGCUUGUUUAACUGCAAGGUUGCUGAACCGAACCCUUUUGAUGCCGAGCUUAAGCGCUUCAUUGUUUUACAAAGAGAUUGAUUUGUUGCAACCCAUUUCCUUUGACAAGGUCUUCCAAUUUGAAACCUUUAAUUCACUUUGUAAAGGGUUUGUCCAAUUAGGACGAUAUUCGGAUGUUUCAAACCGGACUGAUGUUAUCGAGCUUCAAAAGGGUAGUGGAAGGAGGUGGACGAUUGAGAGAGAUUUGGAACAGUUGGUACAAUUUAGCAAGGAUCCAUAUGAUCAACAGGAGAUAAUUCGAGUUAUUGGAAAGAACCCAUUUCUGUGGCCUGAUCACUGGCCGGUUAAAGACUAUGCCAAGGUCUUUGAGUGUUUAGUUUUGGUUGAUGAAAUAUCUAAAGAAGCUGACAGAGUCGUGUCCAAGAUUAGAGAGGCAGGAAAAGAGUUGAGGAGCAAAACUGCUUCAGAUAAUCCUAUUUCAGAACCAGUGCCAGUGCCUUAUGUGGCUGUUCAUAUGCGGAUUGAGAAGGAUUGGAUGAUUCAUUGUAAGAAGUUGGAGCAAAGGUCAAAGAUUAGUGAAAUCUGUAGCAGCAGGCAGGAGAUUAUGCAGAGAGUUGGGAGUAUUGCAGGCCAGCAAGCCCCGACAGCGGUCUAUCUUGCCGUGGCUGACAGUCUUCUUGAAGACAACUCAAUCUUGAAUGGUUGGAGGGAAGGCUUGGUUCCCUUUGAGAAGAAUAAACUGGGAGUUAUGGAAAUCUACAAGAGGUAUCCUUACCUCAUUCAAUCAGCAAUUGAUUAUGAGGUUUGCUUAAGAGCCGAUGUAUUUGUGGGGAACAGUUUUUCCACAUUUUCGAGCCUCAUAGUUCUUGAGAGAACACAGAAGAUGAUCAAGAUGGGUGUCACAAGUUUUUGUGGAAUGGAUAUAAGAUGGCCUUCCUAUGCCUAUAAUAUCUUAGGAGAACCGAAUGGCCCUCGUAGGUGGAUGACAAAUAUGUCUGCCUCGAGUCUAAAAGCAAUCAGCUACGGUUCAAACGAUGUAUCUUGCUAAAGCUUAUAUAAGCAAUUCUUUGUUUGAUUGUGCUUUUGUAGGAAGCAUGACUUUGCUUUCUGAAGUUCAUUGGAGGGCAUUAGUGUGCCUUCAAAACAAUUCUGUGUAAAGAUAUCCAUAAAAGAGACCCAAAAUAGCUGGUUGAUCACAA